ACCCGGAAACGGAGGAAAACAUAUGAGUCUUCCGUGCUGCAUUCCUGCCCUGCAUAUUUGUGUUGUUGAUUCGGAUCUACGCAGUUUGUGUUCACACCUGAAGCGAACCGCCGUUUCUUUAAUCCGCACCAGGAUUCGUUUGCGUGUAUUCACACCUGCACAAAAGCAGAUGGCCAUGAGUGUGCAAAGCAGAGCCCUUGGGGCCGUUAUAGGGGCCGCUGUAGCAGAUGCAGCAGCCCAGCCCAUGCACUGGAUUUACAAUCUAGACAGACUCCGAGAAGUUCUCGCUGACCUGGAACCCACACCAGAGUUUCGUGCCGACUCUGCAAAUCCUUUUUACCGCAGGAAGACGGGCGAGCAGACGUGCUAUGGAGACCAAGCUUACGUCCUGUUGGAAUCAUUGAGUCAGUGUGGAGGUAUCAACGUGGAGGAUUUGACUCAGCGUUUCUACAAAUUCUUUGGCCCGGAGACAAUGUAUGACCUGCCAGUCAAUGACCCUUACCGCAAGCAAGGAGGCCCCAAAGCUGUCCUUCCGAUUGAUGGUCCAUGGAGGCAUGCGAGCAUCAAAGUUUUCUUAAAAAAUGUGGAUUCCGGCAAAGAAGAAACUGGCUGUGACAAGGACUGCCAAAUGGACGGCAUUACCAAGCUAGCCCCAGUGGUAGCUUUUUAUGCCGGCCGACCUGAAAUGCUGGACCAAGUGGAAAAAGUUACACGGGUGACCCAAAAUAACGACCUAUGUGUGGCUGUGACAUUGGCUGCGGCUCGGUUUUUGGAACAUUUUCUUCUGAAUGGUCCAAGUUCCAAAGCUCUGGAAGCAGUUUUGGCUCAGUUGAAUGAUCCACAAAGACAAAAUCCUCAAGAGCUUGAUAAUGCAAUCAUCGCACAUCUCAACGAGGUGAAGAAAAACCUGGCCAAGCCGACCCAGCAGCUCAUACCCGCUCUCUUCACAAACACAUGAGCUUUGCCCGGUGCGUUCCAAGGAGCGCUACAUGGAGUCCUGACAUCCAGUCGAUUGGAUGAAGCCGUCAGGGACACCAUGCGCUGCGGGGGAUGCACCGCCAGCCGAGCUUCCUUCAUCGGAGCCUGCUUCGGGGCACAGACUGGCCUCCGAGGAAUCCCCGAGUCCUGGAAGACAAGAACGCUCAGAUAUCCUCGACUGCUGGAGCUAGUUGAAAAGAUGUUUCAAAAAUCUGCUUAAAUUGAAGUUGCGGGCUUUUCAGUGCUUGUUACUUUCCUUCAGUUGCAGAUGUGUUUUGAAAUGACAGUUCGUGACGGUCUCGAUUCAAAAGUCUACGACUGAAUGAGACUUGAAUUUGUUUGUCGUGUCAAAAAAAAAACAUCAGUUGCUGAUAAAGGAUAGUGUUACUUGCAUGUGCGUGAUGUUUUAAUUGAAGUUCCCAUGAUGGAUAGUUGAGGUUUCUUAACGUCUGGAAACUUUUUUUUUUUUUUUUUUUUUUUUUUUUGCUGAAGUGAAGAAUUCAUUUGGUUUUCGUCUUCCCACUCCACGGAGCAUGUUUGGUUAUUGAGAAGUGAAAGAGCAGAUUUACUACUGGAACAACGUGAGACUGAAAAUAAUGCUUCCCUCAAAGGAGCUGUUCUGCCUUCUGAAAAGUGCUGACAUUUAUUUUCAUUUAAAGCACUUACCACAACAAGUCUGAAGUUGAGAACAGCUCGAUAACUUUUACAUUACAGAUGUAAAAUAAUAUACAGAUAUAUAACAACCGGUUCAUCUUUUCCCAGAGUGAAAAUAUUUUCACUAUAAAAAUGUCGAAGCGUGGUUUCAGAAUAUCACAUGAAUGAAGCUGAUGAUGAAUAAAUUUCCACAACAUUG